CGCGCCUAAGAUACCACUUGAGAAAUUACUAAUGGCCAACAGAAAGAAUGUCAUGGCCAUGUUAUUUCUCACCACCAUUGUGGCGGUGGCGGCCACAAGGCCAGCCGAGACCUAUGGCGCUGCGGAGGAGAACACAUUGAAGAUGGCUACCCCCAGCAGGAAAGGGGUUGACGCUACCUUAGCAGCUACACGUGUUGUUGCCGCCGAGAAGUCCAUCAAGAAGGCUGAAAGCGCCACCACACCAGAAGAGGCCGCGGCCGCCAAGCAAGAUGGAGCAAAAUCUGCUUCUGCUGCAUUAAAGUACAAUACCAUCUCUCAGCAGGCAAAUGGUAAAGGUUCUUCUACCUCCCUAGGCAGGAAAGAAGCAGCCGGUACUUUAGCCGCCGCACACUAUGCCGCCGCCGAAAAGUCCAUCAAGAAGGCCAAAACCGCCAAGACACCUGCAAAGGCCGUGGCUGCCAAGCGAGACGCAGCAAAGUCUGUUGACGAUGCAUUAAAGUAUGGUGCCAUCUCUCGGAAAGCAGCUGGUACAAGUUCUUCUACCUCCCCCAAUAGGAAAGAAGGCACCACUGAUGCUGCUAAGAUGUUCACCAAGAAGGCCGAAACUGCUACCACACCUGAAGAGGCCGCGGCUGCCAAGCAAGCUGCAGCCAAGCAAGCUGCAGCCAAGUCUACCGCUGCUGCAUCAAAGUAUGGUGUCAUUUCUCAGCAAGUAGCUGGUACAAGUUCUUCUACCUCCCCUAGCAGGAAAGAAGCUGCCGGUACCUUGGCAGAUGCUCGCAUAGCUGCUGCCGAGAAGUCCAUCAAGAAGGCUGAAACCGCCACCAGACCUGAAGAGGCAGCAUCCACUAAGAAGGAUGCCGCGAAAUCUGAGACUGAUGCAAUGAAGUACGGGGCCAUCUCUCAGCAGGCCACCGGCAAAAAUGGUGCCCAAGUGGUGCCUUAAACACCUAUUCACGCGCAACAUCAUCUGCAUACUACCAUGCAUGCAAAAUAGCAGCAUUGAGAUACCACGUUAUGCUAAUUCUCAUGCAUGCACGCUUUGUUUAAACGUUCCCAUUACGAAUCAUGUAUUAAUGUCUUGCUUGUUUUAUUUUUAGUAGUAAGACACGCUUGACUUGCUUUAAAAAAAUACAACAAACGAUGUAUACAUGUAUUAUCUGAAAAUUAAUAAUAUGAGUUCCACCGCAA